UAAAACAGAGGAGAUUUUUGAACUAUUAAGCAAAACAAAAAGUCAAAGAUGGCCAGAACAAAACAAACUGCAAGAAAAACUACAGGACAGAAAGCCCCAAGAAAGUCAGUUGGAGGAUCAGGAAAAGCACCAAUUGGAGCAGGAAAGAGUGUAGUAAAAGCUUCAAGGAAGAAUGUCCCAAGUAUCAUUGCUAAGCAAGCUAUUAAAAAGCCUCACAGAUUCAGACCAGGAACAGUAGCAUUGAGGGAGAUUAGAAAGUUCCAAAAGAGUACAGAUCUCUUGAUCAGAAAGCUUCCAUUCCAAAGAUUGGUCAGAGAGAUCGCUACUGAGUAUAAGUCAGAUCUCAGAUUCCAGUCUCAAGCUGUUCUUGCUCUACAAGAAGCUACAGAAGCUUACAUGGUGAGCUUAUUUGAGGACACUAAUCUCUGUGCCAUUCAUGCAAAGAGAGUUACCAUCAUGCCUAAGGAUAUUCACUUGGCCAGAAGGAUCAGAGGUGAGAGAUCUUAAGCAGAGAUCUAACUAAACUAUAAUUCUUUGGAUACAUUUAUCAACAAAUUUAU